AUGCACCCUCCGCAGGCGCUGGGGAUUCCCACCCUGGACGGGGUAGAGGAGGCGACCGCGGACGGGGGCGCGGUGGAGACCGCGGCGCCGGUGGACGUGGAGGCGGCCGAGGAGGGACCAUGGAGCUUCCAUUCCGUCCAAGCGAGUCAAGAGGCGGUUCUUAUCGAGGAGACUCAAGAGGUCGUGGAGAUGCAUCUAGAGGUCGCGGAAGAGGCGAAUUCAGAGGCAGCGGCAGAGGGGACUCUGGAGGUAGAGGGGGUAGAGGCGGGGGCUUUAGAGGUGGUCGCGGCGACCAAGGGCCCAGGAUAUUCUCUUCAGCAGACUGAGGCCGCCAUAGCCAAGGCUCUGGUAGCAAAGCGACAGAAAACUGUCGGCCAGGCUCGUUACCCAGAGCGUCCAGGUUAUGGAACUCAGGGCUCUCCAGUGACACUCUACGCGAAUUACUUCGAGUUGAAGUCUGCGGGAAAGGAAUUGUUCCGUUACAAUGUCGAUAUCGUCGCCGAGUCAGCUAGAACUAAGCCUACUGGAAAGAAAGCCCGUCAAAUCAUCCGGCUCUUACUGGACGAGCAUUUCUUGCAAUACCAGAGCAGUAUUGCCACGGAUUACAAGUCCACCCUUGUCUCUAGGGUUGAGCUUCCCAGUCAAGGGCAGUACGACGUCCGUUACCGUGACGAGCACGAAGAUGACUACCCCGAGCGGCCUAGGGUCUACCGUGUCAACUGCCAGUUCACCGGUAGACUGAACCCUGGCGAUCUCCUUGACUAUUUGACUUCGGCGAAUGCCUCCGCCAUGUUCGAGUCCAAGGCGGAGAUCCUUCAGGCGUUGAACAUCGUCGUGGGCCAUCAUCCGAAGACGGACAGGGCCGUUGCAUCCGUCGGUGCAAAUAAGCACUUUGCAAUCCAUCCAGAUGCAGCAGAGAGAUACGACCUCGGCGCAGGCCUUGAAGUCUUGCGAGGCUUUUUCGUGAGCGUUCGCGCCGCAACUGCUCGUAUCUUGAUCAAUGUCCAGGUCAAAUACGCCGCCUGUUAUCAGGAAGGGCCGUUGGCAAAUGUGAUCAACGAGUACCAACGUGGUAACAGUCGAAAUAUUUACAAACUGGAGGCUUUCCUGAAGAAGCUGCGCAUUCAAGCAACCCAUAUCGUUAGGAAGAAUAAAAAGGGACAAGUGGUACCAAGAAUCAAGACCGUUGCCGGACUCGCAACUCGGGCUGAUGGCGCGUCGCUUCCUCAUCCCCCCAAAGUCGCAAGACAUGGGGCCGGCCCAAAAGACGUUCAGUUCUUCCUCGAUGCGCCUGGACAGAAGAGCGAGCCUGGGGACUCCAAGGGCAAGAACGGCAAGAAGCCUGCGAAAGCUGGCCCAGCGCCAGCCGGUCGGUACAUCAGCGUCUCGGAUUUCUUCUUGCAAGAGUACAACAAGACUCUGGAUCCCAACAUGCCGGUGGUCAAUGUUGGCACCAGGGACAACCCGUCCUACCUGCCUGUUGAAGUCUGUCUGGUAGAACCUGGACAGCCCGCAAAAUCCAAACUUACUCCAAUGCAAACGCGCAAUAUGCUGAGCUUCGCCGUCCGGGGUCCUGCUUCAAACGCAACUUCGAUUGUCUCCCAGGGCACCGCCGUCCUCGGCCUCAAAAAUCCCCUUAACCCCACCCUUGUCAAUUUUGGUAUGCAACCAGAUCUCCAGCUCAUCACUGUGGCCGGCCGCGUUCUCUCUGCGCCGCAGGUAUACUACAAAGACGCCAAGUCGAACCAGAGACACAUCGAUACCAUGGGUGGCAGCUGGAACAUGAAGGCAAUCAAGUUCUCCACACCUACAAAGCUGCCUUCUUGGACUUGGCUCUAUAUUGACAGCGAAAGGGGCAGGCCUCACUUUGAGAACCCGGGUCAACUGAACACUUCUCUUCAGGCCUUCACGGCCAAGCUGAACGAGAUUGGUGUCGCUGCCGCCGCUCCCAAGCCUGGAAUGAUGAUCAGGUUGACUGGAAAUGACCACGAAGGAGAGAUUGACAGAGCAGUGGGCGCCCUAAUGGGUCGCCAUAAUCCCACUCUCAUCCUCACAAUUCUCUACAACAGUGACGCAGAGGCUUACAACUGCAUCAAGCAGAUCUGUGACGUCCGCCGCGGCGUGCGCAAUAUCAACGUCCUCGCCGAGAAGCUGAGAGGCGCCAACGACCAGUACUACGCCAACGUUGGCCUCAAGUUCAACCUGAAGCUCGGCGGAGCCAACCAAACCCUCAGAGCGAGGGAACUGGGCCUCGUCGCCGAGGGCAAAACAAUGCUGGUCGGCAUCGACGUCACCCACCCGUCCCCUGGCUCCUCCGCCGAAGCCCCCAGCGUCGCCGGCAUGGUCGCCUCUGUCGAUGCAUCCCUAAGCCAAUGGCCCGCCGACAUCCGCAUCCAGACCUCCCGCCAGGAAAUGGUCUCCGACCUCGACGAGAUGCUCAAGGCCCGGCUGCAGCGCUGGGCGCGCGCCAACAAGAACGCCCUCCCAGAGAACAUCAUCGUCUACCGCGACGGCGUCUCCGAAGGCCAAUACGACGUCGUCAUCGAGCAAGAACUGCCUUUGCUGAAGAAAGCCUGCGCAGAGACCUACCCACCCGCAGACACCAAGAAGAACCUCCCUCGCAUCUCCAUCGUCAUCGUCGGCAAACGCCACCAUACACGCUUCUACCCCACCCGCGACGAGGACGCCGACCGCUCCGCCAACCCUAAGAACGGCACUGUCGUCGACCGCGGCGUCACAGAGGCCCGUAACUGGGACUUCUACCUCCAGGCUCACACCGCCAUCAAGGGCACCGCCCGCCCCGCCCACUACUUCACCGUCUGGGACGAGGUCUUCGCUCGCCAGAAACCCGUCGCCCCCUUCCAGAACGCCGCGGAUAUCCUCGAGGAUCUCACCCAUCGCCUGUGCUACCUGUUCGGCCGUGCCACCAAGGCUGUGAGUAUCUGUCCGCCUGCGUACUACGCCGACCUGGUCUGCACUCGAGCCCGCUGCUACCUGAGCAGGGUCUUUGAUCCGACGCCGGCGGCUACCCCGUCUGCAAGUGAGAUUGGGGGGAGCGGACGUGGUGGGCUUGUGAAGGGUAGUGAUGUUCAGAUCCAUGAGAACGUGCGUGAUACAAUGUUCUACAUCUGA